UAUAUAUAUAUAUAUAUUGUGACGAUGUAAAUUUUCACUUGUCAAAUUCUUGUCGAAAAUUCUGAAUCGUCGCGCCAUCCGUCGGAAAAAGCCCCGAAUCAACAGGCCCAGUGAUCAAUGGUAAUUAGAGAAAACCAGUACCGCCGGCUGACCUACUAGAAGUAGCGAAAGUGGGUCGCGCGGCUGGCUACCGGAGAAAGUGAUAGAUGGCGGGGCCAGUACUAUUUUCAGAGAACGAGAAGAAGAAGAGGAGCCAUGUGAGGAAAAUUCGAGACGCUACAGGUGUCGAAUGCUUUCGCCACCAUUGUGGAAAAAUUGUCUUGCCGCGCCGGUAUACAAAUCCUUCGCAGUUGACACAAUUUUGAUCGUUGUUUUUUUUGUUUGAGAGAAACCUUGUUGUUCGAGCCGUAACUUUCGAGUGUUGAGAGUGGAACGUGAAGUUCAAAUAUUUUAUUACAAAUAAAUACUAAAGUUUAUAGUGAAAAUAAGUUGAGAUUUCUUGUGUUUUCCUUCCCAAAGUCCCCUCACGGAUUACCAUCGGACGUCAGUGAGACCAAGGAAACGAGACCAGGAAACUCAACUGGAGUAACAAAUUGAGCCGAGUCGUCGUGGAUCGAACGAAGAGCCGAGUAGAGAGGAGGAGUAUCGAGAGAAAGAAGAAGAAAAGAGCCAUGCCGUACACCCCACCGGGAAGCCGACGAGCCAGAGAAAGAGGUGGUCGCCAGCCCGAGGAACUAGGACGUGAAAGAGCCAGGAUGGAGAGACGUGGACGCCCACAGUCAAGGCAUCAACCGUUCCCAGAAUUCGACAUAGGGGAUGUGGUGAGAGAACGCCCAUCAUACUUGUCGUUCCCCAUAAUAGAACGGGUAACAGAAGAGCCGCUGAGAGCCCAAACAACUUCACCUGAAGAGGAGCCGAAAGCAAGAGGCAAUGGAGAAGAAGAAGGGGCCGUUGGAGGGAAAUUCGAGCCGGUUACCGACCCGAAUGAUUGGGCCGAACUAAGUGGCCUAGAGAACUUAGUGAAACCAAGAGCCGUGAAAGGAGGUAGGCCCGAUGGUGCAGAGGUAGUAGUGCCCUAUCGCUGGCCCGCCGACAGGAAAGUAGGAGAAAGCAUGGAGGAAUACGAGAGCCGCCUUGCCGAAUUUGAACUGGAACGGUUCGUACAGAACCUGGAGCCACUAACAUCAGUGGCCCUAGAGAAAAUUCGAGCCAAGCAACGUAGAGAAAGAGAAAGACGCAAACAACACGUAAUGAGGAAAGAGGACAUCGAGAGCCAGGAACCGGCGAAACGAGCCCAAAGAUCGCACUCACCACACCCAGGUACACCAGUACGACGAGUAGAAGGGACUGGCGCCAGACCGAAGGAAUACCCAGGAACGAGCGAGAGAAGAAGAGACCCUGAAGAGAAACACGCCUGGAGGACUAGGAAGACUGGUGUGAUUUUUGGGGGACUCAAAGAGAUCCCAACGUCCGAAGAACUAGACCCACCACCAUACAGUUGCUUUAACUGUUGGCAAAGGGGACACCGGGCAGUGGAUUGUCCAGAACCGGUAACGUGCAACUUUUGCAGUAAUUGCGGGCGCAGGUACACCACCGUCAAGAAUUGCCCAAGAUGUGCAGAGGCGUACCGUCGCCACGCAGGUAUCGUGUGGUAUAGAGAGAACGACAUGGAAGAUCACGUUCCAGUGUUGGAGACCAGAGAAGCGGAAGAAAGAAACGAGUCGUAUAGCGAGAUCUCAUCGGAGUCAGAUUACCACGAUGGAGCCGAAGGAGAAAUAGAGGCAGAAGUACCAACCAACGAGAUGGAAAUCCCCGAGCCAGAACCAAUUGUAGACCAGGUAGCCAGCGGUGCCCAACCAAGCGCCGAAGUGGAGGAGGAAGAAGAGGACUUGGUGGAGAAAAUCCUCCAACUAACGAAAGCGUUGGCAGGACUCCCAGCGUCAACAAUUGACUUGGCAGUUCGACAGUUGUUGGAUGAGAGGAGACAGAAGAAAGAAUUAACUAAAGAAUCGAAGAGCCAGAGAGAGUAGAAGAGCCAGAAAGAGUAGCAGAGCCAGAGAGAGUAAUAGAGCCAGAGAGAGGAAGAGCCAGACAAAAUAAGAGAGCCAGAUAAAGAGGAAGAGCCAGGAAGAGUAGGAGAGCCAUCAGCAGUACUAUAAUCAUCAUAAGGAUGACGGUCCUAUAUAAAAUAGUACCGGUCAUGGGGAGGGGAUUGUGACGAUGUAAAUUUUCACUUGUCAAAUUCUUGUCGAAAAUUCUGAAUCGUCGCGCCAUCCGUCGGAAAAAGCCCCGAAUCAACAGGCCCAGUGAUCAAUGGUAAUUAGAGAAAACCAGUACCGCCGGCUGACCUACUAGAAGUAGCGAAAGUGGGUCGCGCGGCUGGCUACCGGAGAAAGUGAUAGAUGGCGGGGCCAGUACUAUUUUCAGAGAACGAGAAGAAGAAGAGGAGCCAUGUGAGGAAAAUUCGAGACGCUACAGGUGUCGAAUGCUUUCGCCACCAUUGUGGAAAAAUUGUCUUGCCGCGCCGGUAUACAAAUCCUUCGCAGUUGACACAAUUUUGAUCGUUGUUUUUUUUGUUUGAGAGAAACCUUGUUGUUCGAGCCGUAACUUUCGAGUGUUGAGAGUGGAACGUGAAGUUCAAAUAUUUUAUUACAAAUAAAUACUAAAGUUUAUAGUGAAAAUAAGUUGAGAUUUCUUGUGUUUUCCUUCCCAAAGUCCCCUCACGGAUUACCAUCGGACGUCAGUGAGACCAAGGAAACGAGACCAGGAAACUCAACUGGAGUAACAAAUUGAGCCGAGUCGUCGUGGGUAAGUCGUUUACCAGUCUUGUGCCAGUCGUGUCUCGCCGUUGGUAUUUUCUGCUUGCCAAUCGUUCGAGCAGAAUUUCCUCUGGGUGAGAGAGUAAAUUCGGAGGAGUUGUUUUGUCAUUAGUCGAGUAA